AUGAAGAAAACAGAACAAGAAGCUCUGUAUUCUACUAUUCAAGAUUUUGUGGGUAAAUCUUGGAAUGGAUCAGAUUUGUAUCCGGAUCCAUGUGGUUGGACUCCAAUACAGGGUGUCUCUUGUGACCUAUUUGAUGGCUUUUGGUAUGUCACAGAAUUGAUAAUUGGACCAAUUCAUGACAAUUCUCUUAAAUGUGCUCAAGAUGUGGAACUUAUAAGUUCCCAUUUAUUCUCACUAAGGCACCUAAAAUCACUCUCAUUCUUCAAAUGCUUCAUCUCACCGCAUCAUCAUCCCGUUGCACUUCCUACUGAGAAUUGGCUGUCUCUUGCUGGAUGCUUGGAGGUACUCGAAUUCCGAUCAAAUCCUGGUCUUGUUACACUAAUCCCGGCUAGUUUUGGUUACCUCAGGAAUCUCCAUUCAUUAGUGCUUAUACAGAAUGAAUUAAAAGGCGAAAUACCGACUACUAUUGGCAACUUAAUCAACUUAAAGCAGUUGGAUCUUGCUGGAAACUCGUUUACAGGCAGAAUCCCAGAAAGUUUUGGUGGGCUAAUUCAGCUUCUAAUUCUUGAUAUGAGCAAAAAUUCACUAUCUGGUACUCUGCCUUCGAGUUUUGGAGGGUUAACUUCACUAUUGAAGCUUGAUUUAAGCAAUAACCAACUGGAAGGCAAAAUCCCAUACGAGCUUGGAAAUUUGAAGAAAUUGACGUUAUUGGAUCUUAGUAACAACAGAUUUUCAGGUGGACUAACCAAAUCGUUUGAAGAUAUGAGUUCAUUGGAAGAGUUAAUCCUAUCAAACAAUCCAAUUGGUGGAGAGCUAAGGAACCUCGGGUGGCCUAAUCUGAUAGGCCUAACCGUAUUGGACCUGUCCAAUACGAGUUUGAUAGGUGGAAUUCCAGAGUCCCUUGCAGAGUUAAAGGGACUCAGAUUUUUGGGCCUUCAUGAUAACAAACUCACAGGGGAUAUACCCACAAAGCUUUCAUUUUUGCCUAAUGUUAGUGCAAUGUACCUCAAUGGAAACAAUCUAACUGGGGAGAUAAAAUUCUCUGAAUGGUUUUAUGGGAAAAUGGGUCAGCGUUUUCGGGUCUGGGACAACCCGAAUCUCUGCUACUCCAUUGGUUCAAUAGGAACAAGCCAUUUUCCGUCUGGGGUAAAACAAUGUCAGCAAGAAGCCAAAAUGCACCAGUUGAAAUUUAGAUGA